CGGGGUAGCAGAGAUCGAGCGCUGUUCGCUGUUCGCUGUUCGCUGGCCGUGGCUGUGCUUGUUUGUUUUAGACUGGCAGAGUUUGUUCUUGUGGCUGUUGUUGGUGCUCGGAGCUAUCGCGGCGGUUUGGCUUUGCUUGUGUGUGGGUAAGUGAUCACCAUGCAGAUCUUUGUGAAGACGCUGACGGGGAAGACGAUCACUCUCGAGGUGGAGAGUAGCGAUACUAUCGACAAUGUGAAGACGAAAAUUCAGGACAAGGAGGGCAUCCCCCCAGAUCAGCAGCGUCUAAUCUUCGCUGGCAAGCAGCUCGAGGACGGUAGGACUCUUGCGGACUACAAUAUCCAAAAGGAGUCGACUCUCCACUUGGUCCUGCGUCUGAGAGGCGGGAUGCAAAUCUUUGUGAAGACGCUGACGGGGAAGACGAUCACUCUCGAAGUCGAGAGUAGUGACACUAUCGACAACGUGAAGACGAAAAUUCAAGACAAGGAGGGCAUCCCUCCGGAUCAGCAACGUCUUAUCUUCGCUGGCAAGCAGUUGGAGGAUGGGCGCACUCUUGCGGAUUAUAAUAUCCAGAAGGAGUCGACUCUUCAUCUUGUGCUGCGUUUAAGAGGAGGCAUGCAGAUCUUUGUGAAGACGCUGACAGGGAAGACAAUCACCCUCGAAGUCGAGAGCAGUGACACGAUUGAUAACGUGAAGACGAAGAUCCAGGAUAAGGAAGGGAUCCCUCCUGACCAGCAACGUCUUAUCUUCGCUGGCAAGCAGCUCGAGGAUGGCCGCACUCUCGCGGACUACAAUAUCCAGAAGGAGUCGACUCUCCAUCUGGUGCUUCGCCUGCGGGGAGGCAUGCAAAUCUUUGUGAAGACGCUGACGGGGAAGACAAUCACCCUCGAAGUUGAGAGCAGUGACACGAUUGAUAACGUGAAGACGAAGAUCCAGGAUAAGGAAGGAAUCCCUCCUGAUCAGCAGCGUCUUAUCUUCGCUGGCAAGCAGCUUGAGGACGGGCGCACUCUCGCGGACUACAACAUCCAGAAGGAGUCGACCCUUCAUCUGGUGCUUCGUCUGCGGGGAGGCAUGCAAAUCUUUGUGAAGACGCUGACGGGCAAGACCAUUACUCUGGAAGUCGAGAGCAGCGAUACCAUCGAUAACGUGAAGACGAAGAUCCAGGACAAGGAAGGCAUCCCCCCAGAUCAGCAGCGACUUAUUUUUGCUGGUAAGCAGCUGGAGGACGGGCGCACGCUUGCGGAUUAUAAUAUCCAAAAGGAGUCGACUCUUCAUCUGGUGCUUCGUCUGCGGGGAGGUAUGCAAAUCUUUAGCAGCGACACCAUUGAUAACGUGAAGACGAAGAUCCAGGACAAGGAAGGCAUCCCCCCAGAUCAGCAGCGCCUUAUUUUCGCUGGUAAGCAGCUGGAGGAUGGCAGAACCCUCGCAGACUAUAACAUCCAGAAAGAGUCUACCCUUCAUCUCGUGCUGAGGCUCCGUGGCGGUAUGUGAAGCGAGAGUGCAGCGUCGAAGCCUACAGUGAUAAUUAGCGCGGGGGCGAAAGCGAUAAAGCGAUAAUCGCCUUAACUGGUGAUAAGAUUCUACGCUGCGUUAGUUGAGGCACCGUGGCGGUAUGUGAAGUAAGUAUCGACGAAGCACCAAGUAUUGGUAAUGAGCGCGGCUGCGGAAGCGAAAAGCGACGAUUGUCUUACGACUUGUGGUGUUCUUGCGGCGCGAAUCGGGUAUCUCUGCGUCAUCAUCGGUGUGUAGGUACCGCGUCUUCUUGGGAAUGGUCGGACGUUGUUAAUCUGUUUGAAUUAGUUCUCUCUUUGAUGGACUUGUUAAGAAAACCACGAUUUGCUCAAAUUUGUGGAUGCAAAAAACGGCGCGAUUAAGGCACUUCGCAGUUUUGCGGCCGUUGAUCAAGAUGAGCUUGAGAAGCGAUUGCUAUCGAUGUUGUGAAUGGUCGUUUCGUUCUUAUUAGAUUGGGGGGGAUAUUGAUGUCCCUUCGCGCGCAGUCGUCUACGCUUCGCUCUCGGUUGCUGCUUUGCUUGAUUGAAGAGGAAGGAUUAACUGAUGUGUCCGUGAGGUGCGCCUGUGCUGACGGUUGCCAUGGUGGUGAGACGUCCACCCAAGUUUCCCGAAGCUUCGGCUUCAUAUCGCUCGUUUGUGAAGGCGUUCUACCGCCCCCAAUGGUUAGCAACAGUGUAAGAGGAGAGCGAGUGGUGGAAUUGUGUGGACCUUGUCACUUGCACUCGCUGUUGCGACCGUGGCGAGGGAGAAGUAGAAAAUUGUGUGUGACUUGUCAUGUAACUCCUUGUGACUUUAACUCGCUAUUGGUACCAUGGCGCAGGUUGUGUUCAGGCUGUUGAUUUUUUGCGUUCAUGGUCGACGACGUCCUGUCAAGUAGGAAGAUCAAUCAGGACAAUUUGUUUAGUGUUAAUUAGACUCCAGUCGUGUUUUGUCUGUCUAUCUGUCUGUUCGGGUUUCUCUUCGCCUGCUUGUCGUCGGUUAGCUGGGCUGUGUCUCUAUUGGUUUGUUGCUUCGAUGAUCAUCACGCUGACGAUACGCUCUGUUCGGUUUUCGCUUCGCCUGCUUCUCUCUCUAGUUGCGCUGUCGUUUAGUUGCGGUGUGUCUCUGCUGUUUUUUUUUGCUUGUAAUCCUCACGCUUGUGUAAUAUUACGCAAGGUUCCGACUCCCCGACUUGUUUUGUACUCUCUUCGGUUUUCCCUUUGCCUGCCUGUCCCGCUUGUUAUCUCUGUUGGUUGUAGUGUGUCUCGGUUAGUUGUCUGCUAUUAUGUCGUUACGCAGUGUGUCUCUGUUCGAGUCCUCCAUCGUGUGAUUCUCGGUUCUUCUGUGCUUUGACUUGUUUCUGAUUAGUGUUUCGCGGUGUGUUUGGCUUUUGCGUUUACCAGGUGGUGGGUAAUCGAUUGGGUGCCUGCGGUGCGCUUAAGAGCUUGAUAGGCGUGUGCUUAGUUGCGCACUCGCGCUGGGCAUCGGCGCUCACCGAUGUUAGGGAAGCGUUGAGCGUUGUGCUGUUUUUUUGUUUAGCGUAACGGGGCGGUUUGUUUGUUCGGUAUAGUCAUCUGAUAGUCUGAGGGUAUUUUGUGACAUAUGAUGACAAAAUGUGUGUGUGAUAUAUCAUGGCUAUGGCUCUCGAACGCACCUUCAUAUGAACCGUACGUAAUUCACGGCCAAGCCCACGUAACCGACGCAAAAGCUGACGAACGAACGUACGUACGUACGAUCCGAAGUGUGCAUCAGCUCACGAAGCCGUUUCGCCUUUGGUAGAACAGAGGGCUGUUGGCAGUGGUUGAAAGGUGUAAGCAGCAAGCUGUUGAUGGGUGAGAGGUUAUGACAGCAGAUGGCACGCGUUGCGUAGAUGAAGAACGUGAUUGUUGCUUCAAAUAACGCUCAUGCGCAGGGUAGUUUGUGUUGUACGGAAUAGCAGAUGCCACGCGUGCGUAGAUGAAGAACGUGAUUGUUGAUUCUUAGUUGUUUAUUGUUGAUUCUUAGUUGUACGGAAACAGUUUGGUUGGCUGGUUUCUAAUCAAGGCACGUUGAAAAGUGGCGAAGCGAUUAUGUGCAAUUUCUGUUCGUUUGGUUGGCUGGUUCGUAAUCAGGGCACGUUGCAAUUUCGUAGUCGACGUGUCGAUGUGCUAGACACUUCAGUUUGUUAAUCGCCAUCGCCUCAAUUGGAAGGAUCGUUGUGUGAUGUUCUGACGAGGAACUGAAUUGAAGUGAUAUAUUUUCGAUGGUUGUUGUCGUAUAUGUGUCUUAUGGGCAAUAACGACGCGCGAUGGAGAAGACGCGAACUGAACUGCUGAAGUUGUGCCUCUCAGGGGCGGUGAGUGGAAACGGUUGGUACUAUGAUCCAGGUUGGUUACGUCUGAAGAUAUUGAUCAGUUAUGUUGGGGCUUGAAUGAUGUGGUCGAGUUUUUCAUGUGUUUCGUUUGAUCUGGGUGGGUCUGCAAUUUCACCGUGGUGUGAUACGGUGUGUCAGUUGUAAAAUGAAUAAAGCGAAAACGGCGGGUGAUAUGUGGAGUACGGCUUGUGUUGGGGCGAAUUGGAAAACACCGUGGUGUGCUACGGCUUGUGUUGGGGCUUGAAUGAUGUGGUGGUUGGCCGAACCAUGACCGAGGACGUGUCACCGCCGUUACAAGGAUUUCUCGAGAAGUGCCAAUAUUACUCGUACGAGAAAAACAAAAAAAAUGAAGUAGUAAAAUAAUUCUGAGUGCCAUUGAUGUUUUGCUGUUUUAUAUUCUGUAAUUAAGGGCUCCUGUCCAUUUGCGCGACCUUGUACACCAGUACUUCCUAGAGUCGUGCCCCCGUUAACAAGCCACAAUUUGAGGAAUUACGGCCUACUACAGGAGCGCUCAAAUUCGUCUGACUAGAAAUGUUUUUUGUAGUCUAUUAUCCCUGCGGCCGAGAGCUGCAUUAAGUACAGGUGGUUUAGUGGGCCUCGAUACGUCUAAUAUGCCUCAAUAUGUUCUUAAUGGGCCUGUCGACUUUAUGUUUGAUUAAUAUGAAUGGAAACGUGAAUGUGAGGGUAGUCUGUCGAAAUCAUUGGAAAGAGGGACAGAUUCGCAAAGAGCGGGGAAAAGGGAGUCAUGGAGAUGGAGGUACGUAGUAUCGCGCGGUCGUGAACGGGGGAAGCUGAGAACAUCUGCCAUGCCGUCUUCACAGCAAUUCGACGGCCGGUUAUUAUCUCCGCAUCUGGACUGGAAAAAUAGUACAGGUUCAUGAUAGGGCGUUCUAUUCGGGCGAAGAGUGUACUGGGAGUGGGGUUUUGGUUGUUUUAUUCUGGAGGACCACUCACGGUGUGUGUAUCGUGGCUGAUGUAUUCGCAUGUGGUCAGAACUACGGCUAGAUGAGUCGAACUUGACGGUGUAAAUUGUGAAACCCUUCGUUUAAGCUUUGUUUAGUUGCUUUGUGUGUUUUGUGUUGCUUGUCUUUGAACGCGGGACCCCUUUGCUGACUAGU